CCACUCAGUUUGAACGUUCCUCGUGUGUUACUAUCUCCCUUGCGCACAGCGAGCGCAGUCAUUGACCACCAUCCGCGCGUGUGUUAGUCUGUCAGCCAAGCUGGAGGAGAUGGCUGCAAACCGGGUCGGGAGGCGGUGUAACAACAAAGUCCACUCUCCGAAUCGUGGGGCGGCAAGGGAUCCUGGACUUAGCUUACAGAAGAGGCAAGCCCGAGUGACGGUUAAGUACAACAGAAAGGAGCUUCAAAGGCGACUGGACGUGGAGAAAUGGAUUGAUUCUGGUUUGGAUGAGCUUUACCGGGGCAGGGAGGACGACAUGCCGGAGGAGGUGAACAUCGACGAGCUGCUGGACCUGCCGAGCGACGAGGAGCGGGUGUGCAAGCUAAAGGAGGUUCUCCACACCUGCAGUAACAACACAGACACGUUCAUUAAGGAGCUGGUGCUGAAGGUCCAGGGCCUGCAGAAGCAGGAGGACCUCCACAAUGAUGGCAUGGAGCACCCCCACCUCCACCACCACCCUGAAGCCGAGAUGCACUGAGCGUCCUCUUCGCUCACGGGAACGGGGGCAUGGCCACCGAGGCUCCUAACCCCACCCUCUUCCCCUGCCGUCCCCUCCCCAAUCCCUCACCCCCUUGCACACGCUGCUCUUGGUCCACAGCAUUGGACAACACGGAAGGAGAGGCGACUGACUGAUCGACCACGGCCAAAAACCCCACGCACACGCUUCAAUCCGACGCUCACACGGGAUCGUGAGAUUGGCGACCCCCUGCGGAGCUGGUUUUUCAUUGGGCACGGCCCAGAGAGCACACCUCACCCCUCAGGCACGUCGGGACACACUUCCACAUUUCACAGUGUGCACUGAUUCCGAUAAAUCCGGCCCCUCGAGGAUUUCCGGAAACCAGCUGACGUUUUGUUGUGUUUGUGUUUUUUUUUUUUUUUUACAAGCCCCAGUGUUGUAAAUUGAUCCUCCUUUAAGUGCUCUGCAGCACCACCCUUUAUGGAAAAGUCAGCAGUUGAUGAAUGGGGUAAUAUGGAUGGGGAUGAUGACAUCAUCUCACUUGUUACGGUUUUUUUUUUUUCAUACCGCAAGGUUUCACCUUAUCCAGUUAACACCAGAAGACCCAACAGCAGACCUAAAAAUGGAAAUAUGAUUGAAUUUAAAAUGCCUGGGAUUGCAAAUAAUCCAAUAAAUUGAAGGCCAAAUUCUGCAGAACAUGCUAUAUUAAUGGACAGCAAAUUCUGAUGAAAAUGCAUGAAAGACAAUAUUAAAACAUGUGGGUGUUUGAUACAGUAGCAUUGAUUCCUCAGUUCUUUCAUGCAUUUCUUGCAGAAUUUAAGUCCAGGUAAGUUAGCAUCUUUUAUUAUGUUGACCAUUCUCCAUUCUAAUUUGCUUGGGGAUUUCUGUGGAUCUGAAGCUUUAAUCUUCUCAUUACUGUGAGACAGACCUGGGUCAAAUACGUAUUUGUUUUGGAUUCAAUUACUUUUUUGUGCUCUAUUGAUCUUGCCUGAUGUAACUGAGUCUGCCAAUGUGAGCAGAAGGCGGGGUUUACACUUUGAGAGUAUUUCAUUGAUUCCAAUACACCAGACAAGAUCAGUAAAGUGUAGAAAAUUAUUUGAAUCCAAAACAAAUACGUAUUUGACCCAGGUCUGCUGUGAGAUAAGCGUUGCCCUGAGAUUUCAGACCUAGUUUUCUCAGGUGCACUCGUUGGAUAAGCUGCUUGAGCACCUUUCCAGAUGGAAGAUUUUCAUAAAGCACAUAUGACUGCAAUAAUGAUACAUGUACCAUAGGGUGAGCACUACUGUAUGUUGAUUGAAUUUGAAGGGUUUAUACAGAGGUCCACGUGUGUGUGUGUGUGUGUGCAUGUGUGUGUGUGUUCUGUUAUAUUUUAAUUAUGAGUUACACUCGUGCUCUGACAGAAUAUUUUUUAAACAAGUACAGUACAUGAAUAAAGCACUGAAUAAAAUCUGCCAUCACCCAAAUUAUUCAAACUACCCCCUUGGCAUUCACCCUGAGCACAAUGGGUGCUCCAAUUUUGGAAGUGGCCACGGAAGGAUCUUAAGCAAAUGAGAGAAAAAUUCUGUCUCACAGAGGACGUGUGAUUGCUGUGCAUUCGGGAUUACAUUGAAAACAUUAUGGUGGGAAGCCUUGCUUUACAGUCAAUGGUAUCUGGUUCAAAACACCCUAUAAAAAUGAAGGUUGACCAUGAGCAAGAAAAAGAGGAGAAUAAGAACUUUCCUAGAAACUGCCCUGAAUGUUUAUCUAGUUUUAGAAAUUAUUUUUACAAUCCUUUACUGUGUCUAAUGUGGUAUUAUUGUACUUAAUUGUGAGUGAUUUGAAUUAUAUUACUUUAUUACAUAAUAUUAUUACAUUAAAAUGAUAUAACAUUGCAAUUGUUCUGGAAAAGUUCAAACUUAUCUCAGACCUCUCAUGAUCUAAUGAUUUAGCUGAACUCAAGAUAAAUGGUCUUCCUACCCAAUUUUCUUGUUCAAGUAAUUUAAAAACCGCUUAGGAUUGGUCACCAAAACACAACAAUGUAACGUUCUCACAGCGUUUUUUAAGCAUUGUAACAGUGUUUAUUCAUUUUAUGGUGCAGCAAUGCCUGUCACUUGAAAGGCCCACACGUAUGUCUUGAGGGCAUGAAGAAUCGGUUGGUUGUUGGCAUCAUAACUGCCACCCGUAUAUGGAAAAAUUACGUUUCAAGGCAGCAACACUUUUUACAUUCAUAAAAAAUGGAGUGUUAUUGAUUAGCUCAUUUGUUUUGCCAUUUGCACACAUAUAGCUGUUUUCACAGAAACUGUAAAUAUGAGUAAGCGUAAAAAGCACAGGCUGCUUCUCCUGUCCUUAUGCUCUACUUUUUAAGUGAUGUUUGUGUAACUGACAGUCUUCACGCACACAGUGCUGCACAGUUCAUCCGCUCCAUCUCCAUCUGUGAUCCCAAACUGUCCCUGCUGAUAAUAAUCAGAAACCAAAUCCUUGCUACAGUGCAAAAAAAAAAAAAAAAAAAAAAAACUCCUGCAUGUCUUCAAGAGGGAUUGCUCCUGAGCAGUUAAUUCAUUAUGCUAUGCUCUCCUUUACAUUGUAGCUGAUUCAUGGGAAAACAGCAAUGAAGAUAAGAUAAGAGUUGCCCCCAGGUUGUCAAAAAAACCUUCUAACAGUCAGAUAAAGUGCUUAUUCCCCCCCCCCCCCCCAUUCAACUCCAGUGUCAACAGUGACUGCUCCAUGUGUAUUUUCGGAUUUGUAUAACCCGCGCCAAUUUUUAUUCAUGUUUUUUCCUACCAAUUUUUGCUAAUUGGCUGUUUUGAUAUGAUUUGUAAAUCUGUAUUUGUUUGUUAGUCAUUUUUUUAUUUGUAAAUUCUUUGAAAUAAAGAUUGACCUCUGCAA